CUAUAACUUGGAUUUCCGCAGUUGGAAACAAACAUGGCGGACCUUCUAGCAAAACUCGAAGACGACAUAACUUGUUCGAUAUGUCAUGAUUACUUCCGCACACCAAAGCUUCUAACGUGCCUGCAUCGGUACUGUCGGGACUGCUUGCAUAAUUACAUCAUCACUAAAGGUUUAAGCGACGGUGUCAGUUGCCCCACGUGCAGGCAGGUCAGCAAGCCGACGACGGUCGGGGGAAUUACCCUCGCCCGAACAGAAUGGGCAAACAGUUUCAAAACGGACUUUCUUCUAGGAUCUUUGGUCGACAGUAUAAAGAAAGAGAAGAAAAACGGCGACAUCUGCACGCGGCACCCCGGUAACCCGAUUGUGUUGUAUUGUCGUGAUUGUCGGAAAACUAUCUGUCAUGUUUGUGCGGGUGUUGAUCACCGCAAGUGUGAUGGAGUUGUCCCCCUUAGAGCAGAGGCGGAGAAAGAGAGGGGUCGUAUUGAUCAACAACUCGCCAAGAUUCGCACAGCUAAGACGAUCGCUAACCAAAACUACAACUUCUCUCAACACCAGAGUCUUAAGCUUAUGAUAGAAUUUGAAACCUCUAAGGCUAAGGCCAAAAAGGAAUUCAAGAAAAUUCACGAUCUUGUCCAAAAGCAAGAGACGACAUGUUUUAAUAAUCUCAACAAGGAGUACGAGAGCAGAUUCAACGAAGUCGCUACCGCAAAACACAGAAAUAUACUGCAAUCUUUAACCGAGCUUCAGAAAAAAGCUGAAAGAACUGUGAAGGAGAGUUCAGACGUGGAGAUAUUAAAAGAUAACUGCACUAAGCAUUUACCUUUUCCACCCGUCGUCACCCCUCUUGGUGUCAUGAAGCGUCAGUUCUAUGAGAGUGGCCCGACUGCAAAGUUCGAUACUGUCAUGAAGAAAGCCAAGAUCCAAGAUACGAUAGAAGUGCUGGAAAGUGCCGUAUCAACGGAUUGCGAUGUGCAUACUGUUUGACGGGACAGUUAUUACGUGUGUUCUUCCCACCUGCGAGUUCCAUAGUGCUUGAGGGACUAUCCGUGCAGAGGUUCUACCACACGAAUUGAUGAAACGUUCUGUGAAACGUGAAUUUUAAUCUUGUCAAUAUUCCUUAUCGACACGAAUGUGAAAUGAACUAACUGACAUGCUACAAGGGUCCACCUUUGUACCUGGAAUGAUAAUUUUGGAAGUGAUUGUUGAAUCAAGGAUUAACGUCAGUACACUUUGCUGUAUAUUCGCUGCACUUCCAACACGUGACUGUAUAAUGUAUAUGACACUGCGUAUAGACUAAUUGUACAUAUUGAUUGACCAGUUUGUGUACAUUGCUUCUUAUCAAUAGCGUAUUCAGACAUUCGCGAUCAUCUUUGUUCAUUAAGAAAUAUUUGUCUUCAAGGUAAAUUAAUUGUUUCCGAUCUAUGUAUCUGUAUAGGCGAUGUUUUGCUAUUUUGUCUGUACUUCUGUACGAUUUUAUUCGUCUGGUUUCAUAAAUUGCUUGUUAUUAUUUUGUAGCCUCAAAAUUUGUUAAGUAUCUAAUAAUAUCACCCCAUUAUCAUCAAUUAUAUAGUUACCCCUUCAUGCAGUGUUGUGGUAAAGGACCAUUUGAUUGGCUACACAUUAAACAAAAGAUGUUUUCAGAAAAAUGUAUUACUGUAUGGCAUUCAUAACUACGUUUACCUUUCUAUAGAUGUUUUAAUGUAUAGAUGACAAGAGUGAAUACUCCCUUUCUUGGAGUACACUCACAAGAAAUGGAAUAAAUAUGACGGAAUACAUGUCUGUGAAUUAAUGGUGA